AUUUGGUAAUUAAUCUUAUACAAGGGGGGGGCAAAUGCCAAACCUUAAAAACAAACCUUAAACGCUGCCAUUACUCGAAUCGGUCACCUGUGUUUCUGUAAAAACGUCCUACUUUCACGUGGCUUUGCGGUUCUCUUGUAUUUCUCCAAAUCAGACGCGAGUUCAAACGAACAGAAAGAGCAGAAGGGGCUGCUCUGAAAUCAGUUUCACUUUCGGUUGUGUGUUUUCUUUUCGGAGAAACGGCCAGCCUGCCGCUAAAGCGAACAGCACAGUUCAAAGCGGGGCGGAGCUGAGACGCUGCUCUAUAUAAAAAGAGUUUACCAGGUUUCACGCACACAUACGAGAGUGAUGAUUUGAAGGGUGGAAAUCACAGCCAGCAGGUCGACGAGUUACCUCCGAGCUGUCAAAUGCGAUAUUCCCAGCCACCCUGCGCUGUGUCACGGAUUACCUGCAGGAAACCGCCGCCGCCGCAAUUUGGCCACUUUGGGAUUACGCACAAACGGAUCUUUAAACCGCCGCUGCUGUUAGAACAAAACGGAUGUCAGUGUGGUGGUUAGAGAUGGGAGAGGGUCUGGGGCCGCUCUCCCCUGUAGGAUGGUAGCCGACAGCACAGUGGAAGGCCAUGACAAGACCCACUUGUCAAGCUCAACCUCGUCAUCAUCCUCGUCAUCAUCCUCGUCCUCAUCCUCGUCCUCAUCCUUGUCCUCAUCGUCCUCAUCGUCCUCACUGUCAUCCUCGCUUGCCAGGCACGAUCUCGGCCUCAGCCCUCAGCGCACAGAGUCGGAGCAGCUUCAGCAACGGGCUGCUCCGGAGCCGAACCCGAGAUCGCCGUCCGCCCGCCCCAGUUACCUGACCCACUUCCGCACCUUUUCCAGCAUAGAGGACUGCAACAUUAUCACAGACACAGCGUCCAAGCUCGAGCGCAGCGGCUUCUACUGGGGCCCUUUGGGAGUGGAAGAAGCCCAUCGCAUGCUGCGGGACGCUCCGCUUGGAAGCUUCCUCAUCCGCGACAGCCGUCAGAAAGACGUCUUCUUCACGCUGUCCUACCACGCCAAGUCCGGGCCGGUCAGCGUGCGCAUCGACUACAAGCGGCAAAAGUUCUCACUGGCGGGCAACGAGCGCUCCUUCCCAACGCUCUUUGCCCUGUUGGAGCAUUACAUCAAUUCUCCCAAAAAGAACCUGAGCAUCCCCUACAGGAAAUGGGCACCAACGCUGCAAGAGUUGUGCAGGAAGCGCAUCAUGGAGCUGUGUGGCGGAGGAAGCCAGGUUCCGGAGCUGCCUGUAACUCAUGUUGUCCAAGGCUUCCUGUUGGAAUUCCCUUACAAACUGUGAUAGUAUUAUUUUUAAUCUCAAAAAGGCAGUUUUUACCAAGUAGCGGUAAACUGACGAAGUGUUCGGUAAAGGCUGCCCAUCAUGUGUUGGAUGCUCAGACUGCAUCGCCUUGUUUUGAGCUGAAGAGUGGCGAAAUGUU